AUCAUGCAACUCGCGAGCUUGAGGGCUAAGGAUGACCUUAACUGGCCACUGCUCGUGGACGCGUUCCUCAAACAGAGCGGCGCACAUAUGGACAGAACUGUAAAUGCAGGACCGCGUCCAUGGCGCUGAUGCGAAGGCAUUUAGUCCUUUGAGCGCUGCCGGAGUCGCCGCAGCUGAGAAGACGAGCAGAAGGUUGAAAAAGGUACGCCACCCUAGCUUCACUGACCGCCAGACGACAAUGCGUAGAACGACCAUUGCUCCUGCUCUAGCAUUGAGACUGCCCUCACCUGCGCUACUUUGUGCGAUUUAACUUAUGAUCACGACAUAGAACUCCCCAGUCUGAAGCACAACACGUUCUCAGCACGAUGUCUACAGAUCAACCCGCCAUCGGAAGAGAGGUUGGUAAAGUCGACACAGAUUCAGGCGGUCUGGCCAGAUAUUCUCUGAAACUCCUUCUACCUCCCGGUAUUACUCAUGACGUGGAACCGGAACUCUCCCUCGAGUACUGCCAAGGUGGACCAAAUGGUAGUCUUGGGGCCGGGUGGGCGUUGGGAGGUCUCUCUUGCGUCCGCCGGGGACCAUCUUCGCUGGCAUACGACAGCUUCAAUCCACCGCCAGCCGAUCAUGAUGUGACGAAGCCCAAGCUGAACCUCGAUGGUGCUGAGCUGUUGCUUACCUCCGGCACCUAUGAAGGCGCGGAUGCAGAAUAUACAACAGAGGUGGAAAACGUCAGGCGCACUAUCAUUCCGGUCGGACCUGGAUUCCAUGUCAAAGAGUCUACCGGAAAACGUCUGGAAUAUGGCACGACCGAAGAUUCCAGAGUGCUCGUCUCUGGCUCGCAGAAUGUGCGGGAAUGGCGUCUCAAAAAGGUGACAGACUACCAUGGCAACUACAUGACCUAUAAUUACACGGGCUACCCGCGAGGUCGCAACGUCCAGCAGCUGGACGACAAUGCAUGUUAUCUGUCGAGCGUGGAAUACUCUGGGAACGAAAAGACUGGUAUUCGAGCAGCUCGCAUCGUGCAGUUGGAGUACAGCGAUCGUCCAGAUGUGAUGAUCCAGACUGUGCAGGGCGAUCUGUGUAGGUGGGCAUCAAUCCUUACUUCAGUCCACAUUGGGUGGUUACAUGAAGGGAACAUGAAACCUUACCUCACUUAUGAACUCGCAUAUUCGAGGUCUAUUGACACGGGUGAUUCCUAUCUGAAGUCGAUCACGGAAACAUCGACAUCAGAUGGCAAGAAGGUUAGCUUGCUGCCAUCCACUUUUGGUUAUACGACUGCAUUGCCGGCCGGCGCAAUUGGCAAAGACCUCUUUAAGCCAGCCUCACCACCGACGAUCAACCUGCCAGCCACAACGAGCAACAUUGCACUAUUCCCUCUGAACAUAAGUGGCCGUUGCAUGGCAGAUCUGGCUUGUGUGCGUUACAACAAAGCUACACGACAGCUGUCGAUCAAGACGUACCUCGCAGAAAGACAAGUUGAUGGCACAGUGUCUUGGAACCCUUCAACAGGCCCAGGCGCUGAAGCCACAUUGCAAUCUGUCAGCAUGAAGGACGGCUUUCCCAGCAUUCUGAGUCCGGACAUGAACAACGACGGUCGAGCAGAUUUUGUCGUCCCGUAUCCUGAUGCUGACAACAGAGUAUGUUUCUCUAUCUCCCAGUGCGUUGGCACAGGAUACAAGAACGCAACGCCGAAGAAGACGAAUCUACCUUGGACCGCUGGGUCCAAGUUCAUGGCCAUGGAUCUCACCGGGCGAGGAACAGUAGACAUCGUGCAGAUAUUUACCGACAAGCAGAAACUGGCUUUCAGGAAUUUCCCCGCACUGAAUCGAGAUGGGCAGGUUGAUCUUCGAGACGCUAUUCUCUCGCCGACCGCAUACGAUAACGUAAAUACUAUCGAUUGGUUUCAGCUUCGUCAUGCUGUCACAGAUACCAAAAGUCUCGUAAGAAUCUGGGCAAAGGAUCUCGGGAUGGGCCAGGUCCAAUUAAUGGCUACUACAUUCAGUCUGGUCAAGGCGUUGGAUUCAACUGCUGGCUUCAAAGAGACUGCAAAGUCGGCACUCGGAAAACCCAUUCAAUCUGGUAUUGACAAAGUCAAGCCGAGCGUCCUCCCGUGUGACAUCAAUGCCGAUGGCGUUCAAGAUGUGGUCCUUGCACGAGCGGAGUGGAAAGGUGGUAUGGUGGUGUUCACUUUUGACAUCUUCUUGGGCGACGGUGCUGGUGGUUUUAAGAAAUACGGAGACACAGUGUCAAAAUCAAUCGCCGCAGAGCAACCACUUAGUAGCGAUCGACCUGGCGAGUUCUACGUCACCAACGCCAAUGGUUCAAAUUAUCCAAGUCUGAGCUAUGUCUACCAGGAGCGAACAAUGAAAUCAUACCUCUCUCUGACUGUAGAGGGACGCAGUGAUGGCUUGUUGACUGAGAUUACGUCGACCACUAUCGCCAGGAACCUGCCGGGCAAGAACAUGCAAGUCGUUUCGUCAGAUAUCAACGGGAAUGGGACAGGAGAUUGGCUCUUCCAUACCAUCGAAAAUGGCGUGCCUCGCGUGGUUCCUGUAUACAAUCAAGCUAAUGCGACUGGCUUGCUAUCAUGGGCGCAGGACCCAAUGGGACUGCGGUCGAGCCUGACAUACGGCUCUCUGACUGAUCCUGCUGUCUACAACCCGCAAGUUGACUGGACCAGAUACGAGAAUACUACUAAGGAUGGCUACACUGUUAUUGCGGCGCCGAGCCUUGUCGUAACCCAGCUUCAGCAUCGCAAUGAUGCCUCUAUCAACAGUUUCGACUACAGUGUCACCAUCAAGAAGUCUUACGAGAAAGCUCGAGUCAGUGUAUCUGGACGAGGAUGGCAGGGCUUUGAACAGAUCCACAGUACCAACGUCGUUGAUGGCGUAUUGACAUCUGAAAAGUAUCACCAAAGCUGGCCGCUCACUGGUACCAAGUCGCAGGUCGAUACCAAACAAGCCAGCGACGGCACUCUGCUGCGCUCUGUCAAGACUUCAUUUGGAGUGCGCUCGAGGGCUGUUGGCCCAUGGAAAGUGUAUCGUAUCAAUCGCCUGCUCGAGCAGACUGAUCUGAUUGACUCAGGAUCCCCCGUAAGGUCGAACGCUACCCAAUAUGCCUAUGAUGAUUUGGGCAAUAUGGUGCUACGAUCGCUGUGGGAGACUCAGCGGGACCAGCUGAUGUUCCAAUCGUGGAAGCGCUGCUCUUACACUGCCAUUGAUGGCGUGACGAACGUACUGGUGGCAGAAAAGCUGAGCUCGAAGGAGAGCAACACCGAUUUGUCGAAAUUCGAGGAUGGAGACUGUUCUUUAAAAAUAUACGAGAACGAGACGGCACGCGCCAUCUUGAAAGCAGUAUCAGAAUGGUCGACCGAUGUUGGCGCCUUUUCGACUCGGCAAAUCACUUUUGACGAAUAUGGGAAAGAAGUACUCUCUGUCGAUGCAGCUGGUCUUCGCCGAAUCACCACCUACGAUGAUGUCUUCCACACCUUCCCAAUCAAGGUUCUUGAAGAGGGUGAUGGUGUUCAGCACGUGGAGUUGACAGCUUUUGACAACGCCAGUGGUCUUGAGGUCGCCAAACAAGAACCCGAUGGCAUGCUUACGUGUUAUCGCUUGGAUGCUUUCGGGCGAGUACGCGAGAGUCGCGCAAGAGCGGCACUUCAAGGCAGUGACCAGAUAGCCGCACAGCAGUUUCUGACUUGCGAGUCGGUAACAGCAGACGCCAGCUUGAUGACAAUUCUCUUGCAAAGUCAGCUCGAUCCUCACCGCAGUAUCGACUUUGAGAGGCAGCAAAGUCCACCAGGAUCUCCCUACAUUGCGGUCAAGGUUACAACAUUUUCGCACGAGGGCGAUACUGGUCGUCACGAAGUUGUUGAUUACGUAGACUGCAUCAAACAGGUCCGCAAACGUAGCUCCCGAGAUGCGCAAGAUGCACAUGGAACUUGGCUCUACUGGGAACUGGACUCACAAGGCCAGAAAGUGUUCGAAAGUUUGCCCGUUCAAGUCCCCAUGUCCGAUGGCCUGCAGUGGUUGCCUGCCGUCACAGCAGGCGUUCGUUCCGUGAUGGAUGGUCUUGGCCGUCCAGUGUCUCGAGUUCGGCCUACGCAUCAAGGAGGGGACCACUUCAUCGUUACGGCAUCCGCAUAUCUUGAUGGCGGUGCAAGGGUUCAAGAGCGUACGCUAUCUUCCGAGGAUUCAACCUCAUUCACGAAUGCGAAGCAGCUCGCUGUACUGGAACGGCGCUACAUACAUCGCGAGAACGAAGACCUCGUUAUCGAGAACAUAGACGAGAAUGGUCUGAAAUCUACAUUCCAGCAUGAUGCUUUCGGUCGAUUAGUGCAAUGCACAGAUCCCGCAGGACAAGUCGAAACUCGUGCAUACAACACGCGAGGAGACAUAGUCAGUCUCGAUAACGUAUACCAGAACACAACAGCAGAGAAGACAGGUGCAUUUGUCUAUCGCUACGAUGCGGCACACCAGUUAGUGUCGCAGUCCAACGCAGCGGGAGAGACUAUCACUUAUCGACGAGAUGACAAGGGGCGGCUCCUGGAGAAGAUUGGUGGUGAUGGCAGAACAAUUCAAUACACAUACAACAGUUCUGGAUUCGAAAGUGUCUCGUCGAUUACCGUUUAUCGGCAAGGGCCAAAAGAACCUUUUGACCUCCGCUGGGACUAUACAUACGAUCAUCGCGGCCGUGUGCACUCUCGUACGUUAAUUCUCAGUGAUGGCUCAAGCUACACAACAUCUCUGUCGUACAAUUGGCAGGAUCAAGUGGUAGAAAAGGUCCUUCCAGAUGGUGCUCGCUUGCAACACCAGUACCACGGGUCGGUCAUCACGACCAGCAGCCUGACCAGCAAUAAGGACUCUUCGUGGACGUUAAAGGCAGAAACCACUGCUUUCAAUCCCGCGGGAAGGCCAGAGAAGCUUGUGCUCUCUGGCAGUUCCAUUGCGCAACCUUUCACGCAUGUCUGGGCACAUGAUUCGCAGGGCUUCCCUGUCAGCCAUGCCCUCACUUCGAACGGCCAGACACUGGUUGACGAGCAUUACUUCUACAACGACUUAGAUCAGAUCUCGCGCAAACAGGAACUCGUUUCGGGCUCUAUCACUGACUAUAGUUAUCAAGGCAAGCGGCUUGCAUCCUCACAGAUCAAUGGAAAGGACCUCAACUCGUAUGCCUACGAUGAUGCAGGUAACCUCAAAUCCCGGCGCGGGACAGCUAUUGAGUAUGGCCCGGGGUUUGCGAGAGGAAGUAAAGACGAUGCCAGUAUCUUCGACAUUAGAUACGAUAGCGUUGGCCGGACCGCCAAGCGCGUGACUGAGAAGUCUGCGUUUGACUUCGCGUACGAUUCAUUUGGCGCUUUGCAAGGCAUGAAUGACAGUUCUCGCAAGAUUUCUAUCCAAUACCUUGCAGACCAGGAUGGCGAAACGCUGCAACGCAAACACUCUAAUGGAUCUACAGACUUGUUCUUUGACGAUGACUUCAGCAUCCACGUCAGCUCAGAGGGCGAAUCGACGAUUCGACACAAAUUCCAAGGCACUGAUGACCAUAGGGGCACAGUACCUUUGCUGGCCAGCUUAACACAAGCAUGCGAAUCUCUGGCCCCAAUUCGUGCCCUCAAGACCGACUCGGUGAUCAACGUCGCAUUUGCAGACACGAAAGGGAACAUAACGCAUACGUUCGAUGGCAGCAAUGGCAGCUUGAAAGACAAGUUCGACUACGAUGACUUUGGUCUGCUGGCUCCACAAGACGGCACAUCUACCCAAAGGGACAAGAGCGCGUGCUACGAAGGUAACUACACUGAUGACGAGACUGAUCUCGUCAACUUUGGUGGCAGAUGGUACGAUCCUCUUGUGGGCCGAUUCACGACUCCGGACGACAUUCUGGACAUACCUUCUCUCAUUCGUACAGACGGGUUGAACCGGUACACUUUUGAAAAUAAUGAUCCGAUCAAUAAUAUUGAUCCGACUGGGCACUGGACAUGGUCAGCAGUCUUGGGAGUUGUCGCCGGUGUUGCCCUUGUCGCCGCUGCGGUAGUGGUAACUGUGGCCACUGGCGGUGCGGCUGCUCCUCUGGCUGCAGCCGCCGUUGGAUUCCUCGCAAGCGGAGGUGUCGCUGGCAUCUUCUAUUCUGCGAACCAUAGAGAUGAGCAGGACACCGGGAAGUUUUGGGCCGGUUUUGGGACUACUGUACUAGUCAACGGCGCCAUUGGUGCUGCCGCAGGCGCUGCCGGUGCUUUCGCAGGCCCCGCCAAAAUCGCAAGUACAGGUUACCGGAUGCUGGCCAAAGGUGCCAUUGGUGGUACUACCUCCGUACUUUCCAAGGCAGCCGAAAGAGGUACGGAGAACCUGUUCUAUGGCCAGCAUCACAAUCUCUUUGAGGGAGCCGCGACGUCUUUCCUCAUGGGCGCCGCCACAGGAGCUUUCUUCGGCGCCAAAGGCCCCUCGAAGCCGACGAGUGAUUCUCCGAACAAGCUGCUGGGUAUCAACAAAUUUGAAGGCAGCUUCAAAUUGAGGAGUUUCACGGGCGUUCGAAAGAUUUUGGAACCGAAGCCUUAUAACCCGUGGACGGGUUUGACGAAACAAAUAUUGAAGACUGGGGGCAAAGCCGCUUUAAGCCCAACUUGGAAAGUUGGCUACUGGGCAGCGAAAGAAAUGGGCAUUGUACCUAAGUCGAAGUGAAGUUGCUAGCGAAUACUAUAGCAUACAAGUACGAUAUCUCCGUGGCAUCAAAGCGACGGUUUCAUAGGCG